AUGCGCCUCAAGUACACAGCAGACCCUCCAACCUUCUCCGACCCUACGGACCAAGCUUUUCUGGAGAAGCUACAAGCACAAGUCGGCAAGCGCGGUCUUGGGCCUCUUUUCCGCACCUUGCUCAUCUCCCCGACCUUCGCCCGUGGCUUUUUGAGCUUCUUUACUGCUCUCCGAUCCCAGUCCACGCUGCCUGCGGAUGUGGUGGAGUUGGCAAUGUCUCGUGUUGGGGUCUUGACGGGCGCCGCUGUCGAGUGGAAUGCGCAUGCCCCCAUGCUCAAGAAGGCAGGGGUUAGCGAAGAAGGGAUCGAGACGGUCAGGACAGCGGCUCCAGGACAAAAGGGCUCUGGUGGGGAGGGCGGGUUGAGUACCCGACUAUGGGAUCUCAUGCGCUAUGUCGAUGCAGUAACGAAGGACAUCAACGUCAGCGAUGAAGUCUUUGAGGCCAUGAGAAAGCAUCUGGAUAAUGACAGACAGGUCUUUGAGUUCACAAUGAUCAUCAGUGGCUACAACGCCUCCUCACGCUUUUUUGUUGCCUUGGAUGUGGCAGAAAUGAAGGACGCUAAAAUAACCAAAGCCAAGCUGUAA